ACAUUUAUUUAUGUUUAUAAAUAAUCAAGGAUAUUUUGGGGAUAUCAAUAUCGUCAUAAAUUCUGUCCAUUAAAACCAUAUCCACUCUUUGCAUAUAUAAAUGACCGCUUGACCAUCUUUUGCUGUAUCACACUGCUUUGAGACUCUUCCACUAAUUUCCGAUCAAAACAAAGCAAAACUCUUUAGUUUAUUCUCAAAAAAAAAAUGGCAGAUAAAGUGAUUCUGCUGGAUUUUUAUCCUAGCAUGUUUGGAAUGAGGGCGAGAGUGGCGUUAGCUGUGAAGGGCGUGGAAUACGAGUACAGAGAGGAGGACUUGGGCAACAAAAGCCAGCUUCUGCUUGAGUCCAACCCCGUUCACAAGCAAAUCCCCGUUUUGAUCCACAACGGCAAACCCGUUUGCGAAUCGUUUAUCAUUCUUCAAUACAUCGAUGAGGUGUGGAAUCACAAAUCUCCGCUGCUGCCUUCUGAUCCUUACCAGCGAGCUCAAGCCAGGUUCUGGGCUGAUUAUAUCGACAAAAAAAUAUACGAUAAUGGAAAUUGGAUAUGGAAUGCGAAAGGAGAAGAGCAAGAGGCGGGUAAGAAGGGAUUCGUAGAGAUCAUGAAACAGUUAGAGUCAGAGCUCGGCGAUAAGCCCUUCUUCGGCGGCGACGACUUGGGAUUUUUGGAUGUGGCGUUGAUCACAUACUCCCCAUGGUUCCAAACCUACGAAACAUGCGGCAACUUGAGCAUGGAAGAAGAGUGCCCCAAACUGAUUGCGUGGGUGAAGAGGUGUUGGGAGAAACAGAGUGUGUCCAAAUCAUUGGCCGAUCCCAACAAGGUUUAUGACUUCUAUUUGGCCCUCAAGAAGAAGCGCGGCAUCGACUAGUCUUGCACGUGAAAGAGCUGUCACAAGAUGUAGCAUUUCCUAUGGGAAAUAAGGUAAUGUUCUAAAACGAGUCGUAUAAUUGAAAUCAUAAAUAUUUAUAUGUGAUUAAGUACUGGACUAUGUAAGUGGGUUAUUCCAGUUGGUUUUAUUAUAUACUAGCAGUGAGAACGUGCGAUGCACGUUGAACACGCGUGAUUUUAUACUAUGUAAAUAAAAUACAUAGAUAUUAUUAUAUUUUGAAUAUUAAUUUGUAAUGAAUUAAUUGUAUUUAUUUAA